AUGGAUGAGCCGUUGAUAUGCCAUUGUAUGGAGUUGCUGUUUGCAUGGGGCCAGUCAGACGUCUCGAAUAUAGACGGCACUGGCAAAUAUAAGGAAUACAACUUCUGUCUGAAUGACGAUGUUGAAUCUGACAAGGCUUACUGCAGAGCCGGUGUAUGUACGCCUGGCUGGAGAGGAAGUUCAUGUCGGGAUAUCGAUUGCACAGUUCUCCGCGGCAACUGUCCGCCAGACAUGAUUUGCAAGACCGCAAAAUACGGAAAGAACCUGACAGUCAGUGAUUGCGCCUGCCAAGACGGUUACAUGAAUGCCAGUGCUUGUGCAACAACGAGACAAAUGAGCAGUGAAUUGAACGGCACCUCACAGUUUGUCAUCAUGUUAUGCUGGCUGAUCUUCACCAAUGGAAUAAUUUUUACUCUCAUUUUUGCCGCUUCUAAGAUCAAGAAAAUCCAUCCUCAUUGUGGUCAAGAAGGAGGUCAAUACGAUCAUUCAUAA